AUGUCCCAAUCAACCUUCACUCAAUACAAGAUCUCAGCUACCGCCUCAGCCAGGAUUGAAAAUGACACUGCCAAGCUGGAAGCCGCUUGGUCUCUUGCCCCAACUGCUGAAACAACCGAUCCUAGUCAAGCACACAAGCCAGAUCAGCUAGAUGAGAUCAGAGAAUCGAUGAAGGAUCUUGCCACCUUUGCGUCACAACAUUCCCAGAGUCUCUUAGAGAAUAACAGUAAAGACAAAGAGACUUUUGAAACCAAAAAAUACCACUUUCUCAAUGGUGUGGAAGCCGACUUGAACCGCACUUUCCAAGAUUCGGAAUAUCAGGGUGUCAGUACUGCUUGGUCAGUUGAUGACUUAAGCUUGCUUGCACGGGGAAAAGGGAAGGAGGCGGAUACCGAGUAUUUUGAGAGCGAAAAGACUUUCCCUCCUCCAUCAGGCCCGUCUUAUGCUCCCGACUCGCAGGAAGCAGAGCAGGAGGCAUUCAGGGCGGAACAAGCAGCUCUCGCUGAGCAGAUGUUAGCCGAUGCUGAGCCCGACUAUUCAGACUAG